CUCUCCGCAGGUCCGUUGAAGCUCGUGGUCCCUACAGAGUCCGUGUCCUCCUACCUGGGUGACACGGCUCUGCUGCGCUGUGAGGUGACUGGGGAUCCGAUGCCCGUGGUACGCUGGCAGAAGAACAGAGAGGACCUGCCCCUCACCUUAACACCAGAGAGCAGAGUGGUGGUACUGCCGUCUGGAUCGCUCCAGGUUAGCAAAGUCCAGCCACCAGACUCUGCCACCUACCGCUGCCUGGCAGACAACCCUGGCAGCGCCCGCACCGGCAGUGAUGCAGAUCUACGCGUGUUGCCAGAGCCUGGAACCACCAGGGGCCUUCUGUUUCUCCAGCAGCCCCAGAGAGUCACCUCCCUCCUGGGGAGAGAUGCUGUGUUGGAGUGCUCCGCUUCGGGGUUCCCCACGCCCGCCUUCCACUGGAUGAGAGGAACUGAGAUUAUCCAGAGCAGGUCUAAGAAGUAUUCCCUGCUGGGCGGCAGUAACCUCCUGAUCAGCAGCGUAACGGACGACGACUCAGGCUCCUACAGCUGUGUGGCGUUUAACAAGAACCAGAACAUCACGGCUUCCUGCGAGCUGUCCGUCCUCGUGCCACCCCAGUUCCUGAACUACCCCACCAAUACGUAUGCCUACGAGAGUACGGACAUGGAGCUGGAGUGUGCUGUAACGGGGAACCCUCCUCCUACGGUGACCUGGAUGAAGAACGGAGAGGAGGUCAUCCCCAGUGACUACUUCCAGAUCGUUGAUGGCAGUAACCUUCAGAUUCUUGGUCUGGUGAAGUCCGAUGAAGGUUUCUAUCAGUGUGUGGCUGAGAAUGAAGCAGGGAACGCCCAGGCUAUGGCCCAGCUCAUACUGAGAGAGCCAGUUGUCCCCAGCUCAGGUGUCCUCCUCCCCUCUGCUCCCCGUGACGUGGCCCCUGUCCUAGUGUCCAGCCGUUUUGUCCGCCUCAGCUGGCGCCCCCCGCAGGAGACCAGAGGAACUGUCCAGACCUACGGUAUCUACUACUCCCAGGACACGGUCAACAGGGAGAGGUCUGUGAACGUGUCAGAGCCAGAGACCCUCCAGUUGACUGUCAGUAACCUGAAGCCAGAGGAGACCUACUCCUUCAGAGUGGUGGCCUACAACGAAAACGGCCCUGGAGAGAGAUCCGAGACACUGAAACUCACCACGCCGCCAGAGUUGAAGGUCCCUGGGCCGGUAGAGAACCUCCACGUAGAGCCCAUCUCUCCCACCUCCAUCCAGGCCUCCUGGGACGCCCCGGCCUACGCCAACGGGCCCCUGCUGGGGUACAGACUCCUCUGGACCGAGAUACCCUCUGGCAAGGAACAGGUACAUGGUUCUCAUGGAACUGCCACAUCUGUUACACAUGCGGUAAAGCUGUUUGUAUUUCAAGACUCACGUGUGUUUCUGUGUUUCUCCUCCACAGUACCAAGUGGCCCUCCACAGAACAUCUCCUUGGAAGUAGUCCUGUCAAGAAGCAUCAAGCUGAGCUGGCAGCCCCCUCCUCCCAACAGCCAGAACGGGUUCAUCACCGGCUACAAGCUCCGAUACCGGAAGACCGGCCGACGAGGAGACCAGGAGGCCAUCGAACCAAACAACUUCUGGUACCUGUUCACAGGCCUGGAGAAAGGCAGUCAGUACAGUUUCCAGGUAGCUGCCAUGACAGCUAACGGCACGGGCCCAGCCAGCGAGUGGUUCACCGCCGAGACGCCAGAGAAUGACCUUGAUGAGAGCCAAGUCCCGAACCAGCCGAGUUCCCUCCACGUCCGACCACUGCCCAACAGCAUCAUCAUGAGCUGGACUCCUCCCCUAAACCCCAACAUCCUAGUGCGGGGUUACAUCAUUGGCUACGGAGUAGGAAGUCCCUACGCUGAGACAGUCAGGGUGGACAGCAAGCAGCGAUACUACGCCAUAGAAAACCUGGAGCCCAGUUCCCACUAUGUCAUCUCCCUGAAGGCGUUCAACAAUGCAGGAGAGGGUGUCCCUCUGUAUGAGAGUGCUGUGACCAGGUCUAUAACAGAUACGUCCACCCCCAUGAUCCCCCCAGUAGGUGUCCAGGCCGUGGCUCUGACCCCAGACUCUGUCAGGGUCAGUUGGGCAGACAACUCCAUGACCAAGAACCAGAAGACCACUGAGGUCCGCUACUACUCGGUCAAGUGGAAAACCAGCUACUCUACAAGCGGGAAGUUCAAGUCUGCAGACACAACAGCCCUCAGCCACACCGUCACUGGCCUCAAACCCAACACCAUGUACGAGUUUGCUGUCAUGGUCACCAAGGGCCGUAAGUCCAGCACGUGGAGUAUGACAGCUCACGCUACUACGUACGAAGCAGCUCCCAGCUCCGCCCCUAAGGACCUGACGGUGAUCAGCAGGGAGGGAAGACCCAGAGCCAUCCUGAUCAGCUGGCAACCCCCCAUGGAGGCUAACGGACGAGUCGUGGGCUAUAUCCUGUACUACACCAUGGAUAAGAACAUGCCUAUAGAUGACUGGGUAAUGGAGAGUAUCAGUGGAGACCGUCUAACCCACCAGGUGAUGGACCUGAACCUGGACACCGUCUACUACUUCAGGAUCCAGGCUAAGAAUGCCAAGGGAGUGGGUCCUCUGUCAGACCCCAUCCACUUCAGGACUAACAAAGUGGAACACCCAGACAAGAUGGCUAACGAUCAAGGUCGCCAUGGAGACGGAAGCUACUGGCCCUCUGACAACAACCUGAUUGACAGGAGCAGCCUGAACGGUAAGCACCCUCGACGACCCACAAUGCAUUGCUGCCGCACGGCCUUAAUUGCUCCCUAUUGUAGCUUGUGACACGUCCAGAGUUAUCUCUACCGGACCUUGGUUAACAUCUUUUAAAUGUUGUCACUGUUUUGCUUUUAGGUUGGGGGUUUUGGUACUAUUUAGGGACCAUCGCAUUGGUUCCAGUGCAACAGACAAGCUCAAUCAAUCCCAGAGUAAAGUCACUUUGAAGAUUUGUAAUAGAGGUUGAACCCAGGACUGGCUGUGCAUGUCCAGGGUUAGCAGUGAUUAACUGAGGAAUAGGUGUAACAUCUGUAGGGAGUCAGACACACA